AUGUCAGCCUAUGCAGAUUCUUUAAGAGAAGUCUCUGCAGCCAGAGAAGAAGUGCCAGGAAGACGUUCCUUCCCUGGUUAUUUAUAUACAGAUCUUUCCACCAUUUAUGAGAGAGCAGGUAGAGUCUAAGGUAAAAAUGGAUCAAUCACUCAAAUCCCAAUCUUGACAAUGCCUAAUGAUGAUAUCACACAUCCAAUCCCAGAUCUUACAGGAUAUAUUACUGAAGGAUAAAUUUUCAUUGACAGAUAAUUGAAUAACAAGUAAGUUUACCCUCCUAUCAAUGUCUUGCCCUCAUUAUCAAGAUUGAUGAAAUCUGCUAUUGGUAAGGGUAUGACCAGAGAAGAUCAUCCUGAAGUCUCAAAUCAAUUAUAUGCCAAUUAUGCCAUUGGUAAGGAUACAGCAGCCAUGAAGGCAGUCGUAGGAGAAGAAGCCUUGUCUGCUGAAGAUCUUUUAAAUUUGAAAAUAACUUCAUCAGUUUAAGGAGCUUAUGAGGUUCGAUCAAUUUUCAAAUCCCUAGAUUUAGCUUGGAGAUUGUUAAGAAUCUUUCCUCCUGAAAAAUUAAAGAAAAUUAACAAAAGAAAUCUUGAAACCUUUUAUUACAGAAGAAAGGAAGAUGAGGAAGACUUUGAUGGACCCCAAUAAUAAUAGUAAGAAAAAUGAGUAUGAUAUAUAGUCGUAUCAAAUAAAUAUCAAUUCUAAUCUAUAUAAAAA